AUGAUCAAAGCCGCCAAACUGGAGUUGGACCAGGAACUCCGUGGGGCCGGGGCCCCGGCUGCGGGGCAGCGGCUUCUCCGGGCCGACGCCGCAGCGGAGAAUGAGGCGGCGGUGGUGGUGGCUGGCUCCCGGCGGAGCCGCCAGGCUGGAAGCACGCUGCGCUGGUUCAUCACCGUGAUCCUGUGUGCUGCCUUCCUGGGGCUGGGAAUGAGUGUUGCUAUACUGGGACCCACAUUUCAAGAUUUGGCAACAAAUGUGAACCGCAAUAUUAGCAGUCUUUCUCUGAUUUUUGUGGGCCGUGCCUCUGGAUUUUUGAGUGGCUCUGUGAUUGGUGGAGUUCUUCUUGACAAUAUGAAUCAUUUUCUACUUUUGGGGGUGUCAAUGUUGACUACCACAGUUGGUCUCUACCUUGUUCCAUUUUGUAAGACAGCAGUCUUACUGAUUGUCAUGAUGUCCGUCUUUGGUGUUUCAGCUGGCAUUCUGGAUACAGGUGGUAACGUCCUAAUCUUGGCUAUUUGGGGGGACAGAGGAGCCCCACACAUGCAGGCCUUACACUUCAGUUUUGCCUUGGGUGCCUUUUUGGCUCCACUGCUGGCUAAGUUGGCAUUGGGCACGACGGUGUCUGCUGAAAACCACACAGAGGCUGACUCUAACCAUUCUGCCCUCAACCAGUCAUCCGAAGCUGACUCAGAAUCUCUACUCGGAGUACCUGACAAUAUGAAUUUACUGUGGGCAUACGCUGUUAUCGGUACUUACAUUUUUGUAGUUGCUGUCUUUUUUUGGGCUCUGUUUUUAAAGAAAAGCUCAAGGCAGGGAAAAGCAAAAGCAUCUGCUCAGAGGUCUCGAAGAGCUAAAUACCACAAUGCCCUUCUUUGUCUCCUUUUUCUGUUCUUCUUUUUUUAUGUUGGAGCCGAGGUAACAUAUGGCUCUUACGUGUUCUCGUUUGCGACCACCCAUGCUGGCAUGAAAGAAAGUGAAGCGGCUGGGUUGAACUCCAUCUUCUGGGGGACCUUUGCAGCCUGCAGGGGCCUGGCAAUCUUUUUUGCUACAUGUUUACAACCUGGAGCCAUGAUUGUGUUAAGCAACAUUGGCAGCCUGACAUCAUCCUUAUUGCUGGUGCUUUUUAACAAGAGCCCAGUUUGCCUCUGGAUAGCGACUUCGGUGUAUGGGGCCUCGAUGGCAACCACGUUUCCCAGUGGUGUUUCUUGGAUUGAGCAGUACACGACCAUCCAUGGGAAAUCUGCAGCAUUUUUUGUAGUUGGUGCUGCCCUGGGAGAAAUGGCUAUUCCUGCAAUAAUUGGGAUUCUUCAAGGACAAUACCCUGAUUUGCCUGUAGUUUUGUACACGUCUUUGGGAGCAGCGAUAGCCACUGCUAUUUUAUUUCCCGUGCUCUAUAAAUUAGCCACCUCACCUCUCAAUCAACAGCGAAAAGAACACAGAAAAAGCGAGGACCAGAAAGCUUUGCUGUCUAGUUCUGAGCUAAAUGACUAUGAGGAAGAGAAUGAAGAAGAUGAUGCAGAAAAAUGGAAUGAAAUGGAUUUUGAAGUGAUCGAAAUGAAUGAUACAAUGAGGAAUUCUGUAAUAGAGACAUCUAGAAAUAUUCUGACGGAGCCCUUAGCUGAAGUCUCCAGUCAAUCCCACUCCAGUGCAGGGGUGUUGGAGUCCUCUCCGGUUAGUAGUGGCAAGUCCCCUGUGAAUCACCUUGCGGAAACCAGGCUAAAAGGGACUAACACCUAGAGAAGAUGGAUUAUUCUGAUCUCCUUGAAUAAUCUCCGGUUCUAAAGAAGCCAGUCAUAGCAGAGCAUUAACAGGUUUUCAACAUGUUUUGGAGAUCAAAAUUUCUAGGUCAGAGUAUAGCAAAUGCAACAAAGUUUUGAAAGGUUCUGUAAUUCCUGGAGUUUUCCAUAAAGAACAAAUGGUCUUGUACAGCAGGAUCUUGUUGGGAGGCUAGUGUUUGGCAUGGGGCUGGUUAGGUAAUGUUUUAUGGUCUCCACCCCUCAGAGCAUGCAAAGAAGGGGUUUGUUGUUGAGAAGUUGGGUGCCAUUCUAGUAGAACGAAACCAUCUAGUAGUCAAAUCGUUUAGCUGACGAAAUGACCAGUCAUCGGUAUUCUACCAGGGAAGUAGAGGAGUGUCGUUUCAUAAAAGAACAACUUUGAAAAUGGACCGAGAUUUGUAUUAAUUGCUUUGCCCUCCCUGUAGUGUUGUGCCAGAGAAUGCUGAUGCCUCAUUUGAUUUCUGAUUUCUGUGAAGGGAACACAGAAGGACCCUAUAGACCUAGCUUCAAACCUUGACUGCUGCUUACUAGUUUUCUGGCCCUGCAUUCAGUCACUUCACUUACGUAGGCCUUUGUUUAUCUGUCUCCUGAUCUGUGAUUCUAUUAGUGAAAAUGAGAUGAUUUUCAAACUAGGAAUCCAUAAAUUUCAAAGUUUGUGCAAGAAAAAAAAAAGUAAAAAAAAAAAAGUUUGUGCAAGGCAUCUGUUAGAAAUUAACAUAAGUGCCAUCCAUUCUUCAUUUCAAAUGAGAAGUGAAACAAAAUUGAUAGUUUUGAGAAUACUGAUUAUGAAUACAUGUCAAUUUAAGAGACUCAGUGUCUAAUAAUUACCUGCAAAACACAUUUUUCGGUACUGUGUUUCAUCAGUUCUAAGAUGCACCUUUUUUUUUUACAUUUUUUCCCACAUUUUUAACAUCUCUAAAAUCAGAAUAUGUCUUAAAGUCAGUGGUCACGUAACAUUUUGUGACAAAAUUUAAUUGACAGUAAUUGAUAUACCUAUACAAAAUAAUGUUGCGUGUUACAAUCGGUGUCUUACAGUAAUUCAUUCAAUUAUGGAGAUUUUACUAUUUUUUACAGACAUUUUAAAAAGAAAAGUUAUUUUUGUAUGCUGAUUUUCUUGGUGUUCAAGUGGGGUUUGGAUGCAGUGUUCCGACUUUAAAAGCUGUUCCAGAGUUACUGUGUUAGUAGUGGGACCUACCUAAGUAACGAAGUCUGGGUCUGAGCCUUGCUCUUCCAGAAUUUGCUCCUCAUUGAGUCUGGCUGGUGAUGACAUUGUAAGCACUAAACUAGGCUGCUAGCAUAAUUUACAAAGAGACACAGUCUUUUCCAGUAUUUGGAAUGUUUGUAUCACCCACCCAGGGCUCUUCCUUCCUGAGUUUGAAAUACCUGGGAAACCAAAAUAAUGAUUAGAAAGGGGCCUGGUGGCUUAGGAGUCAGGGAUCACAAAGGUACUUUAUGAGUGUGGCAAAGCAGGUGUGAGCUCUCCUUUGAUAAAUGACUAGCACUGAUGACAGCUUUUGUUUACUUCUCUUUACCAUGUUUUAUGGUGAAUAACAUGUAAUUUCUGCCUGCUUGCAGUAUGUUUGCUUUCUCAUAUUUAAUUUCUACAAAUUCGCCUUUGUUUUUUCUUGAGUGAAAUGCAGUAACUUUUUUGACCACUGCCCAUUCACCUUCAAUACCUGCCACAAUAUGGGGUUGUAUAUAAUCUAGCAAUUUUGGGGAGGGCCAGUGGAGAAAUUAAUAGUAAAAAGCGUAUUCUUGCUCUUGUUGUAUCGUACUUUUCUCUUAGCGGGAACUUGGAGGCCACCUGUGUUCCAUUGACUGCUUUUUCUCAGGUUGUUGGAAGUUAGGCAGAGGUCCUGUUUGGCAGCUGGGAGGCUUGCUAGAACAGAGAUUCUAUCUGCAUCUCAGGAGAGAAGGAUGAUAAUAAGAACAUGGCAGAAAAUUUGGAAAUCCACACUGGAAAAUCCACCAGAGUUCCACAAACCGAAAUGUGAUUGGCCAUAUGAGCUUGUAGGCGUUGUUAAAGUUUGAUGAUGUAUUUCCAUAUUGGAAGGAUAUGACUUUGUAAGAUUCUGAGAAUUAGCAUUCAUUCUAAUAAUCAGUCCUUAGGUAAGUGUCUGCUGAUAUACAAGUAACCAAUACUGAAGUUUUCUAUUGCUGAAUAACAGAUUUAGCAGUUUACAACAACAUUUUUGUUUAAGUAGGCUCCACACCCAGUGGGGACCCCAGUGUGGAGCUCGAACUCGCAACCACAAGCUUGAGACCUGAGCUGAGAUCAAGAGCUGGCUGCUUAGCCGACAGAACCACCCAGGCACCCUAACAACAGAGAGUUUUUAUCUCCCAGUUUCUCGAGUCAGAAAUUUGGGCACGACUUCACUGGUCCUCUGCUCAGGGUCUUGUGGGGCUGCAGUCAAGAUGUUGGAUAGAGCUGUGCUCCUUUUUGGAGCUUAGGGUUCUCUUCCAGGGCCAUGUAUGUGGUUGUGACAGUAUUCAGUUCCUUGCUGUAGUGGGCUGAGGUGCUUUUUUUUUUUUUUUUUUUUGCUGGCUGUGAGCUGCCACCAGUCCCAAUUCCUAGAACCUCCUGCAGUCUUUUGCCGUGCAGCCCUCUGUAGAUCUCUCACAACAUGGCAGCCCAUUUCUUCAAAGCUAGCAGGAGAAUCUCUCACCCGCGUCUGCUAAGCUGGAGUCUUCUUUAACAUAAUACAAUCAUAGGAGUGGCAUCCCGUCACCUUUGCCAUAUGCUCUUGGCUAGAAGCAAGUCACAGGUUCUAUCCAAACUCCUGAGGAGAAGCUAGUACUGAGAUGUAACUCAUUGGGGUUUAACUUAGAGUGUGUUUGCUACAAUCUAGUACUUGGAAAACCAAGGUCCGAGAGAACUAAAAUGUUUGAGCUGGGGACAAGAAGCCCUCAGCAGUCAUUGAAAGUGAUUAUAGGUACCAAACUGAGUGAGCUAAUGUGGGGGUGGAAGCCUCCCCAUGGGCCUGGCCAAUAAACCUGAUAGAGGAAAUUCUUUUUGCUUAUGAGCAAUGGAUGGGCUAACUCAGUUAGGCUUUUUUUUCUCCUUGACAUUUUAUGUUCUUUCCCACUGUGCUUUUAACUUGUUCAAAUGCAGCUUUCAAUGAGAGAAGUAGGUAAAUUUCAGUUUAGUUAUAUUUUCAUAGUAAAAUCUAAGAACACUUUGAGAGCAUCUUUCAGUUUUUUUAAAGAAAAAUCCUUUUUAAAAAAUCAGUUUUUAUUAUAAAAGUAAUGAAGGUAUUAAAAAAAGGUCAUGCUAUAAGAUUAGGGAAGGACAUAAAAAUGUAAGUAAUUUAUACAAAGUUUUUAUUUAAGUAAGCUAUGUGCCCAUUGUGGGGAUUGAACUCCCAACCCCUGAGAUCAAGAGUUGUAUGCUCUACCAACUGAGCCAGCCAGGCACCCCUGUAUAAGUAAUUUAUAAUUCUAAACACCUGGAAAAUUUCUUAACAUUUCUCAUCAACGUAAUUUCGUGGGUAAAGGGAUAAAAAAAAAAAAUUCCCUCCUACCAGAUAAACUUUCAGAAACAACUUGAAUUUUGUGUCCAGAGACCUUAAUGCUGCAGUUGAUGGACUGGUUAUUAGUUUGAAGAAUUGUAAUUUAUUAAAACAAAACAAAACAGCCUAAUUGAUCAGUGGAGUGUGAGACCCGGAUUACAUAUAAAAUGAUUUCACUUCAGGUAGGAUCAUCGAAUAAUCAGGAUAGCUUUCUCAUAACCAGAACUUCUGGUUUACCAUAGCAGUGUAUCACUCCUGCCACUAAAAUAGAGCUUAACGUUCUCAAUGGAAGUAGAUACAUUCUUCUGGGAUACCCUGUAUCUGUGUCUGUUAAGUGCCACUUGUUUUGUUCAUAGUGCUGUGAAUGUGUGUGUGUUUGGAUACAUGAACUCACAGAUAUUAUGUGUUUGAUAUUUUCCUAUACCGUGGGGGUACAGUGGGGGUAGAGGUGGUCCAAGUUUGUUAGAAAUGGUCUUUUUUUAAUUGAAAUUUUUAUUACAAUUAUAGAUUUACAUGCAGUUGUACAUUGUAGUUUUUUGUGUUUUGUUUUUGGUUUUGUUUUUUUUCCAAAUUUGCUGAGCAAGGGCUACUUGCUCAGUCUGGAGAGUAGAGAACUAGACUAGUGCUUCUCAUAUGUUAAUGUGCAUUUGAAUUGCGUGUUAAAAUAUAGAUUCUAAUUCAGUAGUACUAGGGGCUGGGAUUCUACAUUUCUAACAAGCUCUUAGGUGAUGGGGAGCUAUUGGUCUGUGGACUGACCACAUUUUUGGUAGCAAGAUUCACUUUUUGAGAGGGUCAAAUUCUUUGCUACUUUUGGGAAUUC